AUGAGCGUAGAUGGUGUUUUGAGCGAUGUAAAACCCACAUCGUAUAUCCGGCAAACUCGCAAAAGAAAUAAAAGACAGUGGUCAACCAUGUCAACCCUAGAAGGUGAUUACGUAGGUUGCUUUGCUCUAGGAUGCUUGCAUUUCGACUAUUUCGCCGAUGAACCUGGUAACCGGACAACACCUUACUUCUGCACAGCAGUAUGUAAAGAAAACGGAUUCCCAUUCGCAGGUGUUUACAACCGCACAAAAUGUCCAUGCUUCUGCGUUCAGACGUGUCUCGAACGAGUGGAUGACGAUCGAUGCGGCAUUCCAUGCCUAGAUAACCCUGUCAAGUUUUGCGGUGGUUACGCCGCAGUCAGUGUGUAUAAUAUGACCGUGAAUGUGAAAUCAAACAGCAGCUGUGACGACAAUACUACGUUAACUGAUCAUGACAUCAAUUCCCUUCCGGAUGUUCAAGCUAAAGUGAUUUUCAUCUCCUUAAUUGUAAUCACUUUCAUUCUCGUGCUCGUAGUCGUGAUCGCACGGACACGGAGGUGGAGUAUUCACUGUCAAGUCUGCCCUCAUCGGCCGCUCUCCGAAUUCACCGCCGCCGAACUUGCGGCCAGUCAUCGUGGUGGACACGAAACAUCCAAAUUCGACCCAAAGCCCUCUACUUCAAGAGCCCAUCGGACCCACCAAGCUCUCCCUCAACCAGUGACCAUGGACAGAUAUACAACGGCUACCGGUCCCGGUGACACUCUCCAAGAUGUCGGUCACGAAUAUGCAACCACAAUACUUUAUGUUCAGUGAGCUUGUUUUUCAUCCUAGAGAACGGACGUGUUGGUGGGGAUUUCGAGGUUGUUGCCCCCCCCCUUUAAAAAGAAAAUUCAUUCUCACCAUUUUACUGUAUUUUUCAUUAAACUUUUCGUUAUUUACAUAUAUCGUGCCGAUAAUUAUAACACCCUUCAAUGCGCCAAAUUUGUUAUAAUAUUGCAAAAUUAAUCAUUAAUUUAAUAUCACAUCGCUCGUUUGGCUCGCUCGCAAAUUUUCCUAAGCGGUGCACCAUAUCUAGACCUCACCCCCCCCCCCCUUAGUUUUUGUUGGAGGCUUUAUCAUAAUACUGCCUUGAUGCCGAGAGCAAGCAGGAGGAAAACGGAACGGUGCCAGCACAGCGUUGGGCCCCAUUCGCUAGGCAGAGUAAUGUGUCGUAAGCAGUGCCGCGCUGCCGGGCCGGGGUACCGGGUUUCCGCCGGUAUUAACUAUAGGAAUAAAUGAUAAGUAUAUAUUGAUGAUGAUAGCCAGGAUGAUGAAGUAGAAACGUUGGACAACACCAUUGUGUGACUGUAAUGCCAUUGAGAGACGGAAAGUUGACUGCUGGAUCAAGCUCUUGAAAGAGGCACUCCUUGUUACAUAGUGAAAACAAAAAAGGGUACUUCCUCGAUUAAGUACGAGAAUAUGACUGGGGAAAAGAGACAACCCUGACAGAGGGUCCUUGUGUAAUACUCCCAACAGGCAUGCUGCAUGAGACUAAAAUGUAGGCCAAUACUUUUGAAGUCAAUGCAUUAUAUGUUCAAAUUUCUCACCAUGGUUAGAAGAAAAGUUCAUUAUGUUUGGAUUGAAAUAAGAAUUCUCAAUGAUAUUUUCAAAAUUACAUUUUUCCGUACUAUGAAAUUCUUAAUUCCCGUUUGAUUAACCGAAAUAUUAUGUAAUCAUGUCUAGUAACGUAAAUGAGUAGUACUUUAUUUUCUUACGGUUUUUUGCAUCAUGCACAAUAUAAGGAAGUAGCAAUUUAAAAUUCAUCUUAAUUUUAAUAGUCUGAAUGCUGUGCCAUUCCAUUUUAUUCUAUUUCUAUGUCAUUCAUGUCAACUUGUCAAAAUAUCUCAUUAUCAGAAGAUUAAUACACAUUUUCCCUAUCAGAUCAGCCCAAAAUUAUUACUACUUUUUACACAUAAACACGACCAUCAUAAUGAUAUUGCAUGUUCCAAUGCAGAUUGACACACAGCAGACACAACUUAAUUCUAUCUUUAUAAUCUUAAACGGUUUCAAGAGGUAAGUCUAUAUAUCUAUAUUUUUUUAGAGUGAGCAAUUAGCAUACUAAAGAAUAGUUGAAGUGGAUAUUUUCGAUGACAUUGCGAAACAAAAUUAAUCAGAUAUUAAUAGUGCAAUCGUCAAAACAACAACUCUUUCUUGGCGGGCUUGCAACAACAUGAUAUAUUUUUAUAUGGUUUAUUUAUUGAAAAAAAAAAAAACAAUACUCAUACGGUAGCCAAUGGCUGAAAUGUAUGGGUUUUAUUUACAAAAGGUUCAAAUAUAUAUUUUAU